GAAAGAAGCAGUCUACAAGAAAUGGAAGUACAUCUAAUUUUAUCACCUAGUUUCGUUUGUCAGAUGCAGUCAUUUACAGCAUACAUGAAUGCAACACCCCUAUAAUCAGGCGAGUUCAUCGUUGUUUAUAAAGUCACAUGACUGAACAAAAUGGCGGACUCACGCGAGCUGUGAACUUGAGCAGAAGACAGUUUCCAAACUCUGUAAUAUAAGCUGUCAGCGCUCAUAUUGUUUUGAAAGGUUGCCAUGAUCACUGAUUAGUGGACUAUGUACUACUGUGGUGUUUAUCUAAAGGAUACAACCGUGGGAUGAUAUAACCAGCCAGCCAGCUUUCAUCCUUGGCACACAUCUUUGAAAAAGACAUGGAUCCUUUGGGUGCGAGAGAUGAUGUUGUAAAUAUUGAAGAACUGACACGCUGGAAUCUGACUCAGCUGCCUGAAUAUGGUGAAAGAAAUAACAGUGAAGAUGAACGAUGUUCUCCAUUCCCGUGGCGAAAUGACUUGAAUGCAAAAAUUAUUCUGUGGAAUGGAGAUUUGACGAGACUGAAUGUUCAUGCUAUUGUCAACACAACAAAUGAACACCUCAACGAUAGAAAUAAUGAAAGUGAUGGAAUAUUUAAGAAGGCCGGGCCUGAACUGUAUAAAGAAAUAUCCAAUAAUAUAAGAGUUUGCAAGACAGGCGAGGCAAAGAUUACAAAAGGCCACAACCUUCCUGCACGUCAUAUCAUCCAUACAGUCGGCCCCCGGUUUAACAUCAAGUAUGUGAUGGCGGCCGAGAGCGCCCUCUACAAUAGCUACAGGAACACAUUACAAUUGUGCAGGGAAUACAACGUACACUCCAUAGGUCUCUGUUGUAUUCACACAAGCAGGAGGGGUUACCCAUCUGAGAGUGGUGCACACAUUGGAAUCAGGACGACCAGACGCUUCCUGGAGAAGUAUGGUGACGAUCUAGACACAGUUGUGUUUGUGUGUUCAGAGGAGAAUGUGGAUGUGUACAAGGGAUUAUUGCCCUUGUAUUUCCCUCGCAAUAUCCGAGAAGAGAAGUACGCUGAAGAACUGCUGCCUCGGGACAUAGGGAAUGAGAAUGGUGAACCUGUUAUCAAAGACAGACAGAUUCGCAUUUUGGACAAACCUGCAUUUGCAGCUCUCAAGGCAGAAGGAAGAGAAGACUUUGAAGAGACCAUUGACCUAAAUCGGGCAUUUGAGCAAUCAACAGCACUCGAUGUGGGUCAUCAUCCCUUUUCUCAAAUGGAGGAAAACCCUGAUAAAGUGAAGAAAACAAGUCUCUAUGGGAAGAGUAGUGACGAACAGAGGAAAAUAGAGAUGAAAAGGAGAUAUGACAGGUUCUUGAAGCGCUCCAAGACCGACGAUCUAACCGACAUAGCAGCCCUGAGAUGUUUGUAUCGGUCAGGAGUGGACCGUGUUGGCCGACCCGUGGUUGUGUUUGUUGGCAAGAACUUCCCUGCCAACAAUGUGGAUCCAGAGAGGGCCCUGCUCUACAUGGUGCGAGUGAUGGACCCUGUAGUGGAGAAGGACUACGUGGUGGUGUACUUCCACACGCAGACAGACAGCAGCAACCACCCAGCUAUGAACUACCUCAAGUUUGCUUAUAGUUUAUUAGAUCGCAGAUAUAAGAAGAACCUAAAAGCCUUCUAUGUGAUACACCCCACCUGGUGGUCUAAGCUCGCAACAUGGUUUUUCACCACUUUUACGGCAUCAGACAUCAAGCCAAAGGUGCAUAACCUGCGUGGUGUCCAGUAUCUGUACACCAAGAUGAACCCUGACCAACUGGAUGUACCACCGUUUGUCAUGGACUAUGAUAUUCAGAUUAACGGUGUUCGCUACAGUGUUCCACCCGAGGACAGUCCAGAAGGACUUUGAUGAGAACAUGUCCAUAGAGUCCCAACAUCUCAAACUUUCUUCCAGUAAAUUGUCCAU